CUUUUGCUUACGCGGCCCUGACCCGCCCGCAACAACUUCUUAGAAAAGAUCUUCGAUUAAGACAAUACAGAUAAUCCGCUAUGAAGAAUUGGCGUCACUGCUGAGUACGGCCAGGCGGCAGGUCGUGUCUGUGUGCACUAGUGCGGAGAGCUAAUAAAGCUAUUUUGAAAGUGACCCCCUCGGUAGGCAACGGGGCAGAGCCCAGAGUCGAGAGUGCAGCUGUUUGGAAUCAUGACUGAAGAUGACGGAUACUGUUGUCGUGGAGGGACAAGUCAAAUACAGAGAUGGAAAAAAGUGGAAGAGUAGGUGGGUGGCUCUCCGAAAACCUUCGCCUGUAGCUGACUGCCUGCAGCUACUGGCCUACAAGGACCGGGCGGAUAAGACCAAGGGGCACAGGGAGCGCAGCAGUGUCACGCUGGAGGACAUCUGCGGCCUGGAGCCCAUCGCGUCCUACGAGGGCAUGCCCUACACCCUGGCCAUCCUGUGCCUGUCCCAGCCCGUCAUGCUGGGGUUCGAGAGCCGCGACGCCCUGCUGGCCUGGGACGCCCGCGUCCGCUACAGCCUCGGGGAAGUCCACCGCUUCAGCGUGGGGGUCCAGCCCGGCACCAAGCUGGAGAGCGGCCCGGCGGCCCUGCACCUCUGCAACAACCUGCUGGGCCUGGCGCGGGACCUCCCCCCCGUCAUCGUGGGCCAAUGGAAGCUCUCGGACCUGCGCCGCUACGGGGCCGUCCCCAACGGCUUCGUGUUCGAGGGCGGCACGCGCUGCGGAUACUGGGCUGGAGUGUUCUUCCUGUCCUGCGCUGAGGGGGAGCAGAUCAGCUUCCUGUUUGACUGCAUCGUCCGCGGCAUCUCGCCCACCCGCGGCCCGUUCGGCCUGCGCCCCGCCCUGCCAGACCCCAGCGCUGACCCGGCCCACGCGGAGGAGAGGCUGAACCUGGAGGCCCAGGAGCUGGAGAAGCGGCUCAGCCUUCUGUCCCACUGCAGCCGACAGAGCAGCACAGCCUCCACCUGCAGCUACGGCACCUCUGUCGCCGGGGACGACCGGAGCAUCUCCAGCUCCUCCUCCGAGGCCAGCCAAUCGGACACCAGCAUCGGGAGCCGCCUCACCAUGUGGGCGGAGCCUGUGAUGAGCCCCGCCCCGGCGGAGUCCCUGGGCCCGCCCGCGGCCAAGGGCGCGCUCCACGGCGAGGAGAAGCUGUGCGGCGCGGUUGUGGGCGGAGCCAGGCCGCAGGGCAAGCCCCCUCGCUCCCGGCAGCUGCAGGAGAUUGGCCGGCAGGGCUCGUCGGACAGCGGCAUCGCCACGGGAAGCCACUCGUCCUACACCGGCAGCUUCUCCUCCUACGCGGGGAGCAUCGACACCUGCCAGGGGGAGGAGUUUGGGUCCCUGCUCAGCCUGCCGCCGAGCCACGCCCCAGACCACGCCCCCUGCACCUGCCCGCCCGCCGAGGGUCCCGGGUCCGAAUACCUGGCCCCCGCCGCCCUCAGACACCUCUACGACACGCCCAGGACCCUCCUCCUGGGACCGGCCCCAAAGGACCAGGCCUCCCUCCCGUCGCCCCGUCCCCCGGGGGCCGAGGUCACGGGGGGCGGAGACGGGGGCGGGGCCAGCACGGACCCCAUUCCAAAGAGCCCGGACCCCCAGGGCCCGGGCCCGGCUCCGGAUUGCAAGACCGGCUCGGUGGCGCCCUCUGCUGACCCCUGCGGGAUCUCCAGGUCCCUGUUUGCGCCCUGUCCCAUCUGUGGAGGAUUUAAGUGCAAUCACUCAUUUAACCUAAACUACAUUACCCAUGAGCAGUGGUGCUCAGCAAAGAAACAAUACUUUGCGGAGGGGACAGUGCCCACACAUGCAGGAGUCUUAGGCAUGCCAGCAAUACCAGGUGGUGAGGAGGAGGAGCAGCAGUGUCGGUGUGGGCCAGGGCGCGGAGCAGAAGACCUGCGGAACGCGGAGGACCUCGUCCACGGGGAUCCGUCUGCUGCUGCCAACCGUCUCCAUGGAAACGGACCAAGGGAGAUGUCACGGAGGACCAAUGGGAGAGAGCCGCUCCGGAGGAACCUCCUGCAGGGGCAGCAGAACCCUCUGGGCCUAUUCCUGGGGUUCUAUGGACAGCCUCGCACGACCGGAAGCCACGGCAGGAAAAGGGGCGGGUGGAGUGUUUAUGAAACCAUGACGACUGCGUUUCGGUGUGGGCUGCGGGCCGGACCACCCUCCUCCAGGAGGUCCUGGGGCGCCCCGGCUGGGGCGGAGGACAGGGGGGUUUCCCCCCAGGGGAACGAGAGCAGGGGAGGGGCAAACUGGCGGGCGCUCUCAGAGACGAAAACAGUGGCCCUGCCCACAGCUGUCCUGCGGGACGUCCCGAACAGUGUCAGCCCUCCUCCCGGGAACGGCCCGCUGCCUCACAGAGGGGACGGGUCCACCCCCCCGAAGACCGGUACGGAGCGGUGCGGCUCCCCCCCUGACCCAGGUCGCGUGUGCCAGGAGGUCAGUGGUCGCUCGGCAACAGAAGAUGACAGGAAACCCAAGAGAAAAGAGGACGGAGGGAAAUCGGGCGUGGCGUACGAAAUCAUGGAAGGAUUCGGCGGGGAAAAGACCCCAGAGACAGAGGAGAGGGGGCGGAGCCUGGAGCUGACGGGCAGUCGUGGGCAGCAGAGGGUCCCGUAUGAGGCAGAAGGAGGCGCACCGGCAAGCUGCACCGGCACCUCAAAAGUCCACCGGCAAACUUCAGCCACUGAUCCCAAGGGAAGCUACGAGCCGAUGGCUUUCACAGCUGACCCGCCAAGGAGAUUCGAACCCUGCGCUGGAGAAUACGGGGGCGUGUUCACGUUCCCGCCGGAGGCCUCGCCAGCAGGGGGCGCCGCUGACAGGACGCGUGGCGACGGGGUGAUCUACGUGAACAUCCCCAUCAGCCCCACCUCCAAAAAGCAGCUUCACUACAUGGAGCUGGAGCUGCAGGAGCCCGGAUCGGGAGUCAGAGGUAACACCGUUCAGCUCCGUAGACAUAGAGGGGGCUCCACCAAGUACGCGCAGAUCGACAUCGCGGCCACGGAAACGGCGCACAGGGUGGGUACCCAGCAUGCACAGGGGCGCGAGGACCGGCUGCAGGAGCUGGAGCAGAAGAGGAAGGGGGCGCAGCAGUGACCCCGAAACCAUCACCCCACCAGAACCCCCCCCAAAAUGAGAGAAGCGUGGCCGUCCCGGAGUUUUCUAAAGACCAUGUGCCGUCCGUCCGUCCGUCCGUCUGUCCUGGGGAUGGAGACGUGGUCUCUCCCUGCCAGAAACCGACAUGGCAAUCCAACGAAGCGAUUUCAUCCCUCUGUCCUGGGACGUCUCUGAAGGCCCAUUUCUGCGUUUGGGUGCACUGAGGUUUGACUCUGAAACUGAAGGCAUUAGCACAAGUUUUUUUUCCCCCCCCAAGCGAUUUCUGCCUUGCUCCGCCCAUCUCCAGAAAACUCCGCCCACCCAGCUCCGAUUGCUGCCCGGCGACAUCGGCCACCGGGAUCAGCCCAUUGGUUCCAGCGAUGUUUGCUCGUCUCUGUAAAGCCGGGUAGCCAAUCAUGUGACACGAUGUUGCUAUGCUACGUUUGAGGACUCCCCUGCUAGUCUGCCUGGAUUAAAUAGGCCGAGUCACCACCCAACAAUGGCCUCGUCACGCUUACAUGGUGCAUAUAACUCGACUUUACACCCCAUUUUGCAUCAGGAAUAUAGUUUCACCUACCUUUUAUUCUACAUAGAGAAUGCCUUUUUUCUUGCUUUGUUCUACACAGCCAUCGAGUUUUGACACAAUAAGAUUUCAAAACAACUCUUCACUGUAAUUAAUGUAAAUACCUCCGUGUAAUUAGUCUUACAGUGCGCACACACACACACCGCAACUGAAGUCUAAACAUCCGUAGAGCCGUUCGGAACAGAGCAGUAACAGUAGAAAGUAAAUCGAGCGGUUAGCCACAGUAGGAAGUGUUUUAACAGCGUUUGUACGUGAAUGGGCAUUGACACGUCUCGGGCUGAUGGAGUCAGAUGUUGCAGUUGAGGGACUGUGUGAGCGGCCAUCUUACGGCAGUUGGCGGUUGGCAGUUGGCGGUUGGCGGUUGGCGGUUGGUCGCUCCCACUGUUCAAAGCCUCCCUUUAAUAGCUCCCGCUUUCCGCCGAUGUCGCUUCGUUGAGGCACUGUUGCAUCAGAAAUAAGGCCGCCGUGGGACUUCAUUAUGCAAAUGCCUUACCACAACAUUUGUAUUUUUACCAGAUAGUCGUUUUCCUUUAUUCAGUGUACAAAACCUAUUUAUAUGUUAUUUAUUUUUUUUCCACUUAGCAUGGGAAUGCUUGUGAUAUGAACUGGGCUGUUAUUAAGAUUAGUUGUGAAUAUUCCGUACGUAGACUUGCUUGGUCAUGGCACCGCAUGUUAAUCCAAUGCAUAAUAUAUAUAUAUUUUUUUUUUUCCUUAUCCACAUGCAUGUGGAGCAAAUAACUUUGAUUAGCCACCUCCAGACUUCCUGUAAAUAUCCUGCGUUUGGCUUCAACAUUUGUACAUGUAUAGAAUAAUUUCAAAUGAAAACAGGAAGCAAGCUAUUUUUUUCCAGAAGAAUUAUUUUCUCUGUUCUUUGUACCUCCAAUAAAUAAGACACUGCCAGUG